CCCCCAUUCAACCACUGGGUUUAAUGUUGCUGUGUGUUUACUACAGUAUUUAGUAUAAGGGGCUAUUCGCCUUUUACAUGCUGUGAACUCUGAGUAACACAACAGAGGUUUUUAGGUUUAUUUUUAAAGAAGCCAUUCAGGAAUCCAACAUGCCCAAACGAAAGCAACAAGGAGCCGAGGGCGACGUUAAAGAGGAGCCGCAGCGGAGAUCUGCUCGGUUAUCGGCAAGGCCGCCGCCACCUAAACCGGAACCAAAGCCCAAAAAGGCAGCAAAGAAAGAGAAGGCAGUGAACGAUAAGAAAGAAGAGAAGAAGACCAAGGGGAAGAAGGGAAAGGCGGAGAGCGAGGCAAACGAGGAGAACCACUCUGAAAACGGCGAGGCCAAGACCAACGAGAUAAUAUAAAAUGAAGAAAUAUACAAACUGAGUGGGAGACACUCCUCAAGAAACUGAGAAGGAGGAAGCAAAAUCUGACUAGCUGUACUGCCACCCCUGAACCCCCCCCCCCACAACAGCCCCACCCUGAGAAAAAAGCCCACAAAUCUCUUAUGUAGUUGCCCUCAACCUCCAUGGCAUAUUGUUAUCAGAGGAAUAUUUUUAUCAACAAUUUUAUAAAUAUCGGUACAGGUUUUUAGCACAAAACAAAGCUAGAUAUGGAUGGCCUAGCAUGUCUGCAAUGGUCACAUCAAGUGUCCCCGUUAAAGACAGAUAUAGUAAACCUUUUUUUAAAUGGCGCUUCUUAAUUGUCGAUGACUUGCUCAGUGUAGGGAGAUGACACCAGCCGGUAGGGGUGAUUUGUGAGUUACCUGACCCGUUUUCCCCUUUAAACCAGUUCUCGUUUGCGGAUGGCUAUUAUUUUUAUCUUCUAAAUGUGCGGUUCUGAUUAGUUUUUUUUUUUAUUAUUAUUUGGGGGUUUUUACUUUUAACUUUAAAAAUGUAUUGUCCAUAUGAAAGAGGAAUACAAACAUCUGAGAAUAAAAAACAUUCCAGGCAGAGUUAUAAUGUGGGCUGACUUGUUUUAUAAACAACCAUGUUGGAAAUUAUUUUAAUAAAACAAAAAAAGAUUGUGAAAAGCUACUUCUUUUUAGCAACGAGGGUUUUUUUUUUUUUUUAAACCGAGAAAAUUCAAGCAGAUACAAAAUAUGCAGGUUUCUCUGUUCCCACUCUUGUGUUCUGGAUGUCUCUUAAUAAAAUGAUCCUUGGAAUUUU